AUGCCGUUCACGCGAUGGAUCACCCCGACGAACGUGCCCAAGCGAUAUUCCACGCAAAUGUACCUGUAUUUCCUCCCUUUGCCUCUCGAAGCCGAGAAAUCACUUCUAAAUGAGAUUCCCGCGGAAGGAGAGCGUGAGGAAAUCCAAGUGCCUACGAGCGACGGCGGCAUCGAAGUCACCGAGGCUAGAUUCUUGCCGGCGUCGGAAUGGCUUCGUAUGGCGCAACAGGGCGAGAUCAUGCUUUUCCCGCCGCAGUUUCUGCUUUUGCACCUGGUGUCGCAAUUCUUAGAUAAGGAGCCUCGUGCCGGAACAUCGGUAGACGAUUUGAAGAACCGACGGACACAGCUGGUCGAGUUCGCACGUUCGGGUACUCCCCCAUGGACCGAGAAGUGCAUAUCUCCGAAGAUGCUCAAAAUGACGUCCGACAAGCGGACGGUGCUCGCUCUGGACCAUCCCGGGCCGGAAUUAAAGGACAGUGAUAGACGUGGCGAAUCCGACCGAGUUGUCUUGGUACGUUUCUCGCAAGGAGCGGCUCGCCAACUCGAAGUUUGCUGGAAGAAGGAGGUAUUUCCAGCGGAUGGCGGGGAAGAAAAAAGCCAUCUAUAA